AAACAAAAACCAAAAAAAAAAAACCCCCCAGACACAGUAAUAUCCUCAUGGACCUUAGAGUCCAGCAGGAGAGAUAUUAUGAAUAAUCACCAUGCGACAUGAUUACAUAUUAUGAUGUAUUUCAUAAGAACAAUAAUAAGGGAUGAUACUUAACACCUAAUAUAUGUCUGGAAUUGUUCCAAGGAAUUCACAUGUUAAAUCUCAUAUUAACUUAUAUUUUGUUCCUUUAAUUUAUAUUUACACAUGAAUUCCUUUAAUCCUUAUUCUAUUUUACUAUUAUCUUCGUUUUAAUAUAAAAACUGACAAAUAUAAAGGUUAAGUAACUUGCCUAAGUUCUGAUUCCAGAGUUCUUGCUCUUAACAUUCUGAGUGCUUGCUCUUUUCUAAAUGAAAAGAAUAGAGCAUCUGGGGGGAAGAAGAGAUGAGAACUAAGAAAAUCUCAUGAAUAAGAGUUGCAGAAGGGAAACAAGGGGAUGGGAGUAGCAUUUCAAGUACCUAAAGAACACAGCCUAGCACAAAGUAGUUGUUUAUGUGACUGGUGCAUUAAUAAUGGACUGAUACAAGAUUAGGGAGAAAAGGUACAUACAAGUUAGACUAUACUUAGUUUGGCAGGCCAGGUCAAGAGACCAUUUACAUACAUAUUUUAGUUACUGAACAGAGCCAACUAGAGUUGUUUAAUAUUGAAUCUAUCUCUCCAUUUUCACCAAGACUGUAUAUAGUCUUUAAAUUCACCAUGUUUACAGACUUAGGCAUAGCUUUAAAAUACUAGAAGAAGCCUUUCCAGCAGUGUAGACCUCCCCACAACCACAUGCCUCUUGCUAAGGACCUCCUUUAUCCCUCUCCAAAAGAAGAGGGGAGAAAACACAAAAAGCGCCUGGUGCAGGGCCCUACCUCCUAAUUCAUGGAUGAGAAAUGCCCAGGACACUAUAAAAUCACCACCAUCUUGAGCCAUGUGCCAACAGUAGUUUUGUGUCUUAGCUGCUCCACUGUCCUCUGUCAGCCUACAGGAGGAAAAGCAAGACUUACAGAAGGAUGCCCCUUCAGAAGAAAGCAGCGCCAAAAGCAUCUUGAGUCAAGAUGAGUGG